AUGGAGGCCAUCACGGCGCUGGUGCCGACGCACCCGGUGGUGACCAUCGACACGGAGUUCCCGGGCGUGGUGCACGACUCGGCCACGCCGCGCGCCAAGCGGAGCCCGAAGGAGGCCUACGCGCUCGUGAGGAGCAACGUGGACCACCUGAAGCACCUGCUGCAGCUCGGCCUCACCCUGUCCGGGCCCGGGGGCAGCCACCCCGUGGUGUGGCAGUUCAACUUCCGGGGCUUCGACGAGAAGCGCGACCCGCACGCGCCGGAAUCCAUCGCCAUGCUCAAGGCCCACGGCAUGGACUUCGCCAGGCUUAACCAGGACGGCAUCGACCCGGGCGACUUCACCGACGAGUUCAUGCGCUCCGGCCUCAACCACCGCUGCCCGCGCCGGGGCAGAAGCGCCCCCGAGCCCCUCACGUGGGUGGCCUUCUCGGGCUCCUACGACUUCGCCUACCUCGCCAAGAUGCUCUUCCGCCGAGGCAACAGACGGUUGCCGCAGAAGCUCGAGGACUUCAGAAGGCGCGUGGAGCUGCUCUUCGGCCCGUGGGUGCUCGACGCCAAGUACAUUGCCAAGACCUGCAGCAGGCUCGGCGGGCUGGAGCUGGUGGCCGGCGAUCUCGGGGUCCAGCGCCGAGCCGGCGUCGCCCACAACGCCGGCUCCGACAGCCUUCUCACCGCCGACCUGAUGCACGCCAUUGUGUUGCCCCUCGAUUACGACGUGCGCAAGAUACACGGCGGAAAGAUCGAUGGGCUCGUCUAA